UAUACCAAGUCGUUCAACAUGUUUUCGCUUGGUUAUGGAACAAAGCGCUGCGAUGUCAAAAAUGGAGCGAAGAAUUCAGCAACUAGAAUCAAUUCAACAAGGAAGAUCACAAGGACAAAUUUCGCCAUCUUCGCAAAGACAUACUUCACAGUCAUCAAAUGCUAUUUCUCGGCCAAUAAAAGUUGGGGAUAAAGUUACAAUAAGAAGCAUGGUUGAUUCGUCCAAAAUUUGUGCUGUUGGUGUGGUUAGAAAUUUGGAUCCAACUGCUGAAGUUGGUGACAUACCUUUGGGAUCACAUUGGUGUGAAAUUCAUGUGAAUGUGCCUGUGGAGAAUGAUGAAGAGCUAAUGAGGCCAUACCAUAAUUUUCUCAAGAUUGGAGAUGCAAUUGGAGUAGCUGUUGCUUGGCCAAUAAACCUGGUGAUUCUUGAAGAAAACUAAAGGAUCGUCCUUGGGUCAAAUGGCUAUUUUUUGAAGACAUUGUCAAUGCUUUUUUUGUUGAGUUCUUGUUGAACUAUUGCUUCUUUGAUAUGUAUUGGCAAUGCUACUGUAAUACUCAUAACUUUUGAAAAAUCUCUGAAUUGGCAUGUAAUUUGUUGACAUAGCAGCAAUGUCAGUUGCUUGGAUCAA